CUGGCAACCUCAUAGCUCAUUCAGACCAUAACUAUAAACAAGAGGAGCAGCUUCUCCGGUUAGCAACCGCUAGGCUAACCGACUUUCUCUCUCAGUAGGUCCAACAGUUUAUCUGGGUCAGCCAGUCCAUUUGAGGAUCUCCACCUUCCAUUCAAACAAUGACCUGACCAAUGGACCACAGCAGUGUCUGCUCAAUUAGAGGGUCUCUUGUGGGGGUAGAUCAUGAAUGACAAACUUGUCUUCCUGGGCCUGCUGUACUUUGUCCAGGGCAUCCCCUAUGGUCUCCAGUCUUCCCUGCUUCCUGUCUACCUGCGUGGAGCCGGUCACUCCCUAACACGCAUUGGCUUCACCAAGAUCCUCUACUUCCCAUGGGUCCUCAAGGUGCUCUGGGCCCCUUUUGUGGACCGGGUUGGCACGAAGCGCCGCUGGCUGGUGGGGACAGUGUCUGGGCUGGCUCUGACAUGCCUCGCCAGUGCUGCCCUGGCCCCAGAAGCACAUAUCUGGGGAGUAGCAGGAACCCUGUUGGCCAUGAACUCCUUGGCUUCUGUCCAGGAUAUUGCUGUAGACGGGGCCGCGGUGGGGUUGUUGAAAGGUCGUGGGGAGCUGGGCCUGGGCAACACAGCCCAAGUCGUGGGCUAUAAAGCUGGAUCUGUGUUUGCCGGAGGUGGGCUGCUGGCUGUGAUUGACGUGGCUGGAUGGAGCUGGAUGUUUAUGCUGCUGACGUUUGUGUACGCAGGCGUGGCACUGUUUGUGUGGGGGGCCCCUGUGCUGGACGAUGAUACUUUGAGGGCUCAACAGGCAGAUGGCAGCAGGAGGGGAGGGCAGGGAGCAGACGCUAUGAGGCCAUGGAGAGUGUGGAGGAAAAUGCUGGCAGUGCCGGGCACCCCUUGGACAGUCCUGUAUGUGCUGACCUACAAACUAGGUGAGCAGGGUGCAGUGACCAUGUUUCCUCUUUUCCUGUUGGAUCAUCACAUGACCGCCAGGGAGCUCGGCUUCUGGAAUGGCGUUAUCGCCAUGGGCUUCUCCAUCUGUGGGUCUUCCCUGGGAGGCGUGCUGCUCGCUCAGUUCAGCAUCGGGGCUAUGAUGCGACGUGUGUUUGUACUGCGAACCAUCAGCAUGGUCUUCCAGAGCUCUCUACUCACUGUACUGGAACCAUCACCACUCAUGAAAGGUAUGGCCGUCCUGAGUAUGAGUGUUCAACACUUUUUGGGCGGGCUCAUCACCACCCUCACCUUCACUACCAUGAUGCAUUGCACUCAGAGGGCCGAGGAAAGCAUCCAGGCGACCCACUACAGUUUCCUGGCGACUUUGGAGGUGCUGGGAAAGCUGACAUUCAGCGCUCUGGCCGGAGGCGUGGUGGAUUGGUUUGGUUUCCAAGUUGCCUUCCUCUUCUUCCUCACCCUCUCCGCCGGGACAGCCCUGCACGUGUGGACGGCGACCUUCACUGGUGCUCUCAGGGAGCACCAGCUCAAAGAACAGCCCAAGUGAGAUCAGGAUCAGGAAAGGUCCUGAUACGGGGCGUCUGCAGGUGCAGAAAAUGUAUUAAAAUAACUUGAGUUUGACUACCAGUAUUCAGACACCUCUAAAGUCCUUCCGAUAAAUAUUUAACUUAUGACUUUAGCAAAUCAUUUCAGUAGAGAAGAUAUGAAUAAGUUGACUUUCUUGUUCAGCCAUUUUAAGGAGAAAUCAGCCAUGCAGUUAAAUACUCUACUACAGUGUGCUUCUUUUAUUUUUUUAUUUUUUGCACAAUUGUCAUUUUACUGGCAAAACUGGCCUUAAGUUUUAUUUACUUUACAUUUGAAAUGUCUGGAAAAGUCUUAAUAUUUACAGUAACGUGAGGAAACCUGCAGAUACUAUGUAGUUAGAGAUGAUCACAUUGAGUAAUGAGUUGUCUGGACAGUAUGGGAUCAGUGCAUCCAAUAAGUGUGAUGAAUUGGCAGUGACGUAAAGUCAUACUGUACUGAGAGUUGAGAAAUACUUAGGGAAAUAUAAUCAAAACUGUUUUUAUCAUCUGAGCCAUCUUACUGUUUUAAUAAGCCAGCAAUAAGAGCUGUAGCCAAAAGCAAUUUCGCUACUUUGUGAUGCUUGUUCUAUCAUAUUGUACGGGGUAUAAAUAUGUCAGUCAGUCUCCUGAGUUGUAUGGGUUACACUUCUAAAUGAAUGAAUCUCUACUACCUCAGCGCUGUAUGGUACGAUACACAGGAGGCAAAUGUAUACAGUAGCUGCACCAAGUAGAGCAUACACUCAUUCACAAUGAAUAGUUGCAAUACAUACACUAUGUUACCUAAGCUACAACAGUUAGCAAAAGUAUGGCUGCAGUUAGUGCAACUGUUUCAUGUUCAUCUAUUUAAAAGUGAAUCCAAAUGCACACCAGCUGUUGAAUCAGGAGCAUUUAUUCUGUUUUUCAGAGAAGAGUCCCUUUCCGCUUAUUUCUUACACAUUGCAUGUUGCCAUCUUGUCUAGGUUUUUCAUCAAAGAAUCUGACUUAUCAAAAAAACUGAUAAUAACUAUGUUCUUUAUAAAUCUUAAAAGACAAAUACCACUGCCAAAUUGCAGUCACUUUUGUGUUUUAUGUCAAUAAUAUGUACUGUAGAAUGUACUGUAACUCUCCAUGGUACUGCGCGCUAUAUAGAAUAUUUCUCCAAGCUUUAAAUAUGAAUGAAACAGCAGCGUAGAAUGAUCUGUUUUCACCAGGUUCUGAAAUUAAGUCUUAAUGAAGUCUUAAAAUUGAUAAUGGAGACAGGCAGAUACAACAAGGAUGGAUAUGUUUGCAAUAAGGCAGUAAUCCCAGCAACUUCAGCCAAAAUAAACCUGCUUUCACCAUCAUAACAUGAAGGGAUGCCAUAUUACAUCAUUACUGGUUCAUCCAUGUAGCCAGGUUCUCUAUGAGAUUUGCACAAAAAAUAAAG